CUUAGAGAAGCACCCAGGCGGCAGGGGCCCAGGCCCGGCGGCUCCAUGCUGGGCCGGCGGCGGGGGGCUCCCACCAGCUACAGCCCCUACCGGGCUGGACAGCACGGGCCACGCAGGACAGGCUGGGACCCUGGCGUUCAGCUCAUGGAGCUGCCCAGGAAAGAUGGGCCUGACACAGUGUCCCUUGGACCCAGCCUGGAGCCGCCAAGUGCAGCCUCUAAUGCCAAGGCCACGGGCACCCUCAAACGACCCACCAGCCUGAGCCGCCAUGCCAGCGCUGCUGGCUUCCCGCUGUCCGGCGCCGGCUCCUGGACGCUGGGUCGGGGCCACCGCAGCCCACUGGCCGCAGCCAGCCCCGCUGAGCCUCCUGUCGAGGGUCCCUGCCCUGAUACUGGCGAGAUCUCUCACCUGCUGGCCGACGUGGGCCGCUUUGCCAAGGCCCUUGAGAAGCUCAAGGAGUGUGUCCUGAGUGACGACCUCCUCGAGGCCCGCCGGCCCCUGGCCCACGAGUACCUGGGCGACGCCCUUCGUGUGAUGCGCCAGAUCAUUUCCAGGUACCCGCUGCUGAACACCGUGGAGUCGCUCACUGCUGCUGGCACCCUCAUUGCCAAGAUCAGAGCCUUCCAUUAUGAGAGCAACCAGGAGUGUGACAAGCAGGAGUUUGAGAAGGCCCUGGAGACCAUCGCUCUCUCCUUCAGUAACACUGUGUCUGAGUUCCUCAUGGGGGAAGUGGACAGCAGCACUCUCCUGUCAGUGCCCCCUGGGGACCCCAUCCAGACCAUGGAGAACCUGUACAGCCCCGGCGGCGAGGGCGCCGCCCCCAGCGCGGAGGACUGCGAAGCCGGCUGCCUGGCCCCAGAAGAGGUGGACAUGCUGCUGCAGCGCUGCGAGGGGGGCGUGGAUGCCGCGCUGCACUACGCCAAGAACAUGGCCAAGUACAUGAAGGACCUCAUUGGCUACGUGGAGAAGCGGACGGCGCUGGAGAUGGACUUCGCCAAAGGCGUGCAGAAGAUCGUGCACAACUGCAGGCAAAGUUUCAUGCAGCAGCCCCACAUGCCGCUCCUGUCCAUCUACUCCCUGGCCCUGGAGCAGGACCUGGAGUUCGGCCACAGUAUGGUGCAGGCGGUGGGCACGCUGCAGAGCCAGACCCUCACGCAGCCCCUGAACCUGAGGCGGCUGGAGCACGAGAAACGCAGGAAGGAGAUCAAGGAGUCGUGGCACCGCGCCCAGAGGAAGCUGCAAGAGGCGGAGUCGAACCUGCGCAAGGCCAAGCAGGGCUACACACAGCGCUGCGAGGACCACGGCAAGGCCCACUUCCUGGCGGUCAAGGCCGAGGAGGAGCAGGCCGUCACGGGGCCUGGGGCCGCCGCCUCCAAGACCCUGGACAAGCGGCGGCGUCUGGAGGAGGAGGCUAAGAACAAGGCCGAGGAAGCCAUGGCCACCUACCGGACGUGUGUGGCCGAUGCCAAGACGCAGAAGCAGGAGCUGGAGGACACGAAGGUGACGGUGCUGCGGCAAAUCCAGGAGGUCAUCCGGCAGAGCGACCAGACCAUCAAGUCGGCCACCAUCUCCUACUACCAGAUGCUGCACAUGCAGACGGCCUCACUGCCCGUGCACUUCCAGAUGCUGUGCGAGAGCAGCAAGCUGUACGACCCGGGGCAGCAGUACGCCUCCUACGUGGGCCAGCUGCAGCGGGACGAGGAGCCCGAUGUGCGCUAUGACUUCGAGCCCCAUGUCUCCGCCAACGCCUGGUCCCCAGUCAUGCGCACCCGUAAGGGGAGCCUUGCCGGCGAUGCCACGGGGGCAGAGGCCACCGGCAGCCCUGAGGAGGAAGGUGGACCCAGCAAUGGCACACCUGCCAAGGAACACAGGGGUGGGCGUGGACACCAGGUGCACAAGUCGUGGCCCACCACCAUGUCAGACUCAGAGGGCAGCCUGGACCCCAGCCCUGGCUCAGGGGACUUUAAGAAGUUGGAGCGGAUGUCAUCCAGCGGCACCAUGUCGUCCAGCGAGGAGCUGGUGGACCAGGAGGGCAGCACAGGGCCGUCAGCCUUUGAGCAGGAUGACCUCAAUGGCAUGGCCCCCGAGCUGCCAGUGGCCAUGCCCAGUGGGCCUUUCCGCAACGUGGGGCUGUCCAAGGCUGCCCGCACGCACCGUCUGCGGAAGCUGCGCACACCGGCCAAGUGCAGGGAAUGUAACAGCUACGUCUACUUCCAGGGGGCUGAGUGCGAGGAGUGCUGCCUCGCCUGCCACAAGAAGUGCCUGGACACGCUGGCCGUCCGCUGCGGCCACAAGAGGCUCCAGGGCCGCCUGCGGCUGUUCGGCCAGGGCUUCUCGCAGGCGGCCCGCGGCGCGCCCGAUGGCGUCCCCUUCAUCAUCAAGAAGUGCGUCUGUGAGAUCGAGCAGCGGGCGCUGCACACCAAGGGCAUCUACCGUCUCAACGGGGUGAAGACGCGCGUGGAGAAGCUGUGCCAGGCGUUCGAGGCCGGCCAGGAGCUGGUGGAGCUGUCACAGGCCUCUCCCCACGACAUCAGCAACGUCCUCAAGCUCUACCUGCGGCAGCUGCCCGAACCUAUCCUCUCCUUUCGCCUCUACCACGAGCUCGUGGGGCUGGCCAAGGACAAUCUGAAGGCGGAGGCAGAGGCCAAGGUGGCGUCCCGGGGCCGGGCAGACCCUGCAGAGACUGAGGCCGCGGCCAUGGCCAUGGCGGGCCAGCUGCGGGAGCUUCUGCAGGACCUGCCCCCCGAGAACCGGGCCACACUGACGUACUUGCUGCGGCACCUGCGCAGGAUCGUGGCGGUGGAGCAGGACAACAAGAUGACUCCAGGGAACCUGGGCAUCGUGUUCGGACCCACACUGCUGCGGCCAAGGCCCACCGAGGCCACCGUGUCCCUGUCUUCCCUGGUCGACUACCCGCACCAGGCCCGCAUCGUGGAGACCCUCAUCACCCACUAUGGCCUGAUCUUUGAGGAGGAACCCGAGGAGGUGCCUGGGGGCCAGGAUGGCUCAGAGGCGGCACGGGCCGAGGCGGGGGUGCAGGCGCCCUACCCGGAGGGGAGUGCGGGGGCCACCGUCCCCCUGCAGGAGGCGGCGGAUGGCGGCCCAGAAUCCAGGGUGGCCUCCAAUGACUCUGAUUCUGAGGUAGAGGAGGCCUCAGAGCUGCUGUCCCCAGCGGACAGGGGACACCGCCUCAGUUUCCAGGAGAAGCAGGGCAGUGAGGCCAGCGCGGAGGUGGCCCAGGGCAGCCGCAGGGGCAGCGAGGAGCAACUGGGCGACAGGGAGGGCCUGACCCAGCAGCUUGCCGAGUUCAACGCCAACCAGUGCAACAACGUGGCUAAGGUCCCACUGCCCGACAUGGGACUCCGCGGUGGGCGGCUCGAGGCAGGCACGGGCCCGGGGCAGCAGCCAGAGUGUGUGUAGCUGGGGCGCCUGGCCGGCUGGCUGGUGGCUGAGGAGGUCUCUGGGGACGUCUAGUCACUGUGAGGCCUCAUGCUGCGAGCCCAAUGCACUGAGGCCACUGCUGGCUGCCUUUUCCAGAAGCUCCCAGGAGCACAGGGAGAGGCAGAGGCCUGCCCUGUAUUCGCCUGUGUGCCAGGGCUGUGUGAAGAAGCCAUGUGCACCCCUGCUGAGUGGCCCUGCCCUCGGAGCCAGCCACCUGUGGGCCACCAGGCUGCCAUGGAAGGCCACGCUGGAAGCCCGAUGGCGGGGUCCAGGAGGCAGUGUCGGGCCCCAUGGGGUGUAGGCAUGUGUGACGUCCAUCCCGGGUCAUGAUGUAGGUUUUUCAAGUGCACGUUUUGCUUAAAUAAAGUUUUAAAUCUGA